AAAUGAUUCAGAAUCGGGACAAUCGCAAGACCGAUGAAGCCGAGAUUAGGCUCCGCAUGUUCGAGUUAGAUGAUAAAAUUUCAUAUAAUGAUUACCAAAAUGAAAUUAGGCCGGUUCUUCCUCAGAAUAUUUUCAAGAAUAAAUCUAGAGAUGAUACUUGAGUCCAUGAAUCGAGGUCAGAACUGCUAGAAGACUUGCCUACAAAUGAGACCUACACCACCUCAGAAGAGAAUGAAAACAAUGAUGAACAGGCUAUUAAGUUCCUGACUGAAAAUGGUAUUCUCAAAUAUCUUGACCCGAGAAUGAGGUUUUUGAGGAGUAACAAAGACGACCAAAGUUACCUUGGAGAUAUCGAUGUCAAAAGUGUGGACAAAGUAGUCGAGUAUAAAUUCAGAGACAUCAAAUUCAGCAACUUCAGUAUCCUUGAGGACCCCUUUGAAGACGAAUCUUUUAACCCAGCCGAUACUUUGCAAGAACAGUUGCAGAAGAACCCUCUUCCUGAUUUUUGAAUCCUGAAUUCUGAUGUUGGUGAAGCUAUUCGAGUAGAUCGUGAUUGUGAGGAUUCUGAUAUAGAAAUUUUCCCGGAAAAGCGCAUAAUAGAAGAUUUGGAGUUACACACUGUAUUGGAAAAGACCAAUAGCGGAAAUUCGAAUCUUGUGGAACAUAUUGAACCUCCGAAGAUUGAAGAAACUAAGGUAUCUAAGGUUGAGAAGAGAAAGCUCACUGAAUUUAACUAUUUACUUCAAAGGAAGGGUCUUAGACUCAUGAGGAAGUAUUAUAAGGAUCAGUUUGAAAAUUUCGCUCAAAACUAUGAUUACAAAAAGAGAGUCAAGAAAAUGCUUCCAAAUGAACUUAAUCAUAUCAUGUCAGAAUAUGCUCAAAAAGAAUUCUGAAGUAUUCUACCUGUUUUAACCGUCGAACAGUUUGGAGACACUGUGGCAGGCUUGACUAGAGUAGCACUAUCUGAUAGAGCUAACAAGAAGGAGCUAAUGACCCAAGGAAUAGACUUUAACCCAGUCAAGAAUCUUCUUGCAAAGUACACAAAGAGUAAGAUGAAGGCAUUUCUGAAGGAUCCUAUUAAUAGUUUCCUAUAUACUCAUUUCUACCUGAUCAAUGGUAAGAACUCAUGCUAUGAACAGGAUGAUGUCGAUCAAGAUAAUUUUAAUACACAAAUGAAAAAGUUGCUGGAAGAAUCAUCCAAUAAUCUUUCCCCCCAGAUCAAGUCGAUCUAUUCAGAAUUGCUUGAGGACCACAGAAACCCCUUCUAAUCUAUUACCUUAAUUCUCUUAUAAAAUCGACCGUGAAAUGGGGUCUUUUCUG